AUGCAGGCGGAACAGCAGCAGCAGCAGCAGCAGCAGCAACAACAAUCCUCAUCGGCCGCCGCGCCCCUCCCAAUUCUCUACGCAGAAGACACCCCCUUCUCAGAAUACUCCACCGCCGUCUGGGGCCGCGUCUUCAACGCCCGCCGCGACUUCUCCCGCCGCCCUGCCGCCGUCGUCACCGCCACGCGCAAGGCCCACGUCGUCGAGGCCGUCAAGAUUGCCAACGAAAAGGGGUGGCGCGUGAGUGUUCGCUCGGGAGGGCAUUCGUGGGCCGCGUGGUCUGUUCGCGAUGAGGCGCUGUUGAUUGAUUUGGGGAGUAUGGGCAAGGGGUUGGCGGGCAGUGGGAACGAGGACGGGAUCGCGUAUGAUUCCAAGACGGGGGUUGUGAGUGUUGCGCCGGCGAGGACGGGGAGGGAGGUGAAUGGGUUUUUGGCGGGACAGAUUGGCGGGCCUGGGGAUGAUAGUGUCGAGGGGAUGGGGAGGUGGUUUGCUGGUGGUCAUUGUCCUGAUGUUGGGCUUGGAGGGUUUCUGUUGCAGGGUGGGAUGGGGUGGAAUUGCAAGAACUGGGGUUGGGCUUGUGAGAACAUCAUCGCCAUUGAGGUCGUCACGGCCGAUGGGCGGGAGCUCCGGUGCUCCGAGACGGAGAACGCCGAACUCUUCUGGGCCGCGCGCGGCGCCGGACCGGGCUUCCCUGCCAUCGUCACCCGCUUCCACCUCCGCACGCGCCCCCUGACGGGCAUGUUCCAGUCUCUCUACUUUUACUCCCUCGACCGCUUCGAGGAGAUUCUGAACUGGGUGAUCAAGGUCUGCCCAAAAGCCUCGCCAGAACUCGAAAUCGUCCUCCUCGCCCUCACACCACCAGGCCAAACCACCCCGCAAAUCAUGGCAAACUUCCUCUCCUUCUCCCCGAACCCGGAAGCUCUCAUCCCCCUCCACUCCUCCCACCCCUCCCGCGCGCUCGCCACCGUCUUCGCCACCCCGACCUCCCUCCCGCAGCAGUACGUCGAGCAAGACGCCGCCAACCCGCCCGCGCACCGCUACAUUUCCGAAAACGCCUACGUCUCCAACGACGCCGACGUGCCCAAGGUCCUCAAGAAGGCGUUUACGGAGCUCCCUACGCCGCAGUCGUUUGCGUUGUACUUUUCAAUGAACCCUUGCUCUCGGCGCGCGCAGCAGACCGCUGGCGAAACCUCCAAUGGCACCAGCAACGGCGCGGCAAAGACCACCAUGCCUGAUAUGGCUCUUAGCAUGCAGUCGGACCACUACUUUGCCCUGUACACAAUCUACCCGGACGCCGAGGACGACGAGCGGUGCCAGGGGUGGGUGAGCGACGUCAUGGCCGGCGUCGAGAGGCACGCGGCGGGUUCGUACCUGGGUGACGCCGACUUCCGGUACCGCAGGACCAAAUUCUGGGGUGAUGAGCAGGGGAAGAGACUGAUGGAAGUGCGCAAGGUGUGGGAUCCCAAGGGGCGGAUCGCGGGCUUCUUGGACGUUGAGGAUGGGAGUGGUGUUGAGGGGUUGAAGAAUGAAUUCGAGUGGGCUUGA